AUGUCUGUCCUUCAAUUUCUGUUCACCGAAUUUGAGAGUUUGGGAUGGGAAAAUAAUACUUUAUUGAACGAGAUUGUGACUCUCCUCGACUCAGAACAAGUAGUGCUAGGCAGAAUAGAUCCCGAGGCGCAGAAUGAUAUAUUUUCCGCUUCAGAGCUUGAAUGGUUUUCUAAAACAAGCUAUAACAUUGCUUUAAAAUCUCUCAAACCCUCAGAACGACACUAUCUCCUCUGCGACUUUCUCAAGACAGUUAGGAUCGCAGGAGAUACCCGCAAAGAAACCGACGUUACUGAGAAGACCAAGCUCUACCAUGAGAUACAUAAAGCCAGCGCGCACUUCCGAGAACAAACCAAAACUCACCAAACUGAGAUACGCAGCACAGAAGCCCAACAUGAAGAAUGGCUCUCAAAUUACCGAAUCAUCCUAGCCCUCGACCUCGAGGCAUCCGUCUUUCUAAAUGACUGGACCACCGUCUCCAUCAUUAUUGAAGAAUCAAGCGCAAUUAUAGACGAGAAACUCAGCUCGAUCUUCCUAGACUGUAUUCUACGAUCCGAAGCCGCAAUUACAGACAUGGUAAGAACUGUCAAGGAGCUAGUCCGGACCCUCCACGGCUCCCCCUCUCCCCAUCUUCCCAAAACAUAUUUUCAAGAAACCCUGCCCCGCUAUCUCCGCUGUCUCUUCCAACUCUCACUCGAUGCAGCAGACUACCACCUUGCAGAAUCCGUUCUCGACCAGGCUCUUGUCCUGGCUCGCGACAGGCGUACCGAAUCCAGCCGGUCACCAUAUCCAAGCGAUGAGAUCCAGUGGUUAUCGACCGUUGCUUUCAAUCGAGCGGUGGAUUAUUAUCUCUUAUCUGCAGAUGCAGAUUGUCAACGGUGGGCUGAGAAGGCGAUCACGCUUGCCGACUUAGACGAUUGUGAGGCCUUGGGCAGGCUGUUACGCGGUAAAUUCGAAACGUUGAAAUGA